AUGGACACCGGAGUAAUGGCAUCCACUGAGGAGUCUUCGGAAACGGAACCCUCAGUAGUACAUGCAGAUGGAAAGGCAUACGUCGUAGAGGAUAUACGGUCGACUGGAGACGUGAUACUUGACGUUUCGUUUGAAAAUACGAAUGCUUGCAAUAAGUCCAUUCCCGCAGACGAAAUCCGGAAGAUACGCACAUCCAAAGGCCCCAUACCCUCUCCACGAAUUUUCUAUCGAGUCCGACUGGAAACAUUGAAGAAGAGUUCGCGCUAUUUUGAGCAUCUUUUGGGACCACAGUUUGCGGAAGGAGCUGCGGUUAUAGAAAAACAUGCGAAACUUGCAAGAUCAAAGUUGAAUCCUAGCGAGAUAGAAGCUGAGAUGCUUCCAAGAAUCAAGAUUGUGGAUGAGGAUGUUGCGACAAGGACGAUAGGAAGAGAGAAAAUCUUUGGCGAUUUGCUUCGGAUCAUCCAUGGCGCAGAACAUACGACCAAGCCUGUCAAUUUAAACAGUUUGACCGUGCUCGUGGUAAUGGCGGAUAGAUUUAAUACAUUACCUAUUAUUGCACGAUACUUCCAGAAGACUUUCAUCAACUUCAAAUACCCUAUGACUGUAGAUAACAAGGCCGAAGAAGCGUUACGUCAAAAGAUUUUGAUUUUCUACCAUACUGAGCAAUCGCUACGAUUUACAGCGUCGACAAGAGAGCUUAUUCUAAGGGGCUCAUCAAGAUGGUCAGCCUCCGAAGAGAGUGAAAAUGACUUUCAAACAGCCUGGUGGGAUCUACCUGAUGGCUUGGAAGCCGAACUCGCCCACCGUCGAGCCUGUGUCCUACGAACAAUCGCCUCCAUCCAAACCCAGUUCCUCACCCUCUACACCUCCAAAGAUCGCCAAUGCACCCUAGGCUACGACACCUCCGCACCCUGCGACUCCUUCCAACUCGGCGAAAUGAUCAAAUUCCUCGUCAAAAAAGAUCUCCUCUCCCUCAUCCCCUUCCAAGCCGCCUCGCCAGAAGACGAAGACUACAUCUGGCCCGACGCCUACACAGGCGACAUCGAAACCCUCAUUGGCCUCCUCCGCCAAUGUCCUAGCUACCAGAUAAACCAGUACCACGGCCACUGUGGUCUACGCUCCAAGAUCCUGCCGAUCCUCGAAUACGUCAAAGCCUGCAUCGAAGCGGGCGUCGGCGUGCGCUUUGGGCGGAAGAAAGGGGAUUGGCUGCAUGAUGCGUGGAGUUUGAAACCUGUUGCUAGCGCUGAGUUGGAUCGGAAACCAUUUUAUGUCGGUACGGGACAUGGGGAUGUGGAUGUCACCAGUGAAGGCGGUGCGUUCUUUGAUUUCGCGAGGAUCCCGCCAAAAGGGACGUGGGGGUUGAGUAAUGAUUUGGGGAUCGAGAGGGCGGCGAAGAAGAUGUUUACGGCGGAGAGGUGGAAUUGGGUUAAGGAGUAUAGUCAGAGUGAGAGUUCGUUGAAGGGGAGUUUUAGUACGCCGCUUAUUAGGGCGGGGACGGGGGCGAAGAGGUGA